AUGGCGUCCUCACAGCUCUUUGAGCUCCCUCGGCCAAAGAAUUUCUUCCAAAAGAUGUCGCUAAGAACGGGCGCGGAAAUAAUCACCUACCUUCAGGUCAUCAACAAAGUCUCCGGGUUAUACGGGCUGCUUGCCCUCCUGACAGGCGCCGCCAUCGACGGGUGGCAGCUGUCUAUGUACCUCUACUCAACUAUCGUGCUCGUCGCAACCGUCUAUCUCUACAAGCAUAUCCGCCUCCAGUCGUCCUUCGAAAGCCUCCUGCUUGCGCACCUUUACGCGCUCGACUCAGUGGUCAAUGCGCUUUAUACCGCCUUCUUUGGUUUUAUUUGGUUCUACACGCUCGCAAACCACCCCGACGGCGGCGACAACUCGAUUGCACCCGGCAUACCAGAUAACGCAGGCUUCACGAACCCGAAAUUCAACGUCAGCGAGGUCAAUGUUGUUGCAGAACCCGCUGGUGGACUGAAGGCUGGUCAGGAUGCCGUGGCUGUUGGACAAGGUACGCCCGGAUCGGCCCCGGGGCUCGGAGGCGCCGUCUUCCAGACCAGCAGCAUUAUGAGCAUUUCGCUCAUCGCAGGCUUCUGGGCGCUCCGCGUCUACUUCGUCUUUGUCAUGCUCGCGUUUGCGCGCCAGUGCCUGCGCCAACACAUUGCUGCUAAUGCUUCCACUGCUGGCUGGUACAACAAUGAUACUCCACAAACCUCUCAGAACCUUGCAGAGAACCCUUUUCAGGAGGGUAAAGAGGCAGGCUAUGGGUGGAAGGGUAAGCUUGGAAGGAUCAUGCUGAGCGGUGCGCCCCUGUACUGGCUUGGAUCGAGCGCGGAUGAGGAUGAAUCGUGGAUGCGUGGUGUUGGUGGCAAGUUCAACAGGAAGGGCGCUUCGGCGGGAGAGCCAAUAGGCUUGGGCGAACGAGAGCGCAGGAGAAGAAGUGGGACUGGUCCACCUGCUCCGCCAAGGGAAAUGAGGCCUCCACCUCUUGCCGACUUGCAAGAGGUACGGUGA